UGUACGCGCACUAGAAGGGGAGGACUUUCCAGGCCAAGUCAGUAAAUGUAAAGUGUGUUCACUCCCUCACGCUCACGCUACAACCUAAAAAAACCCCCCACACUUUCAUCACAUUUUUGAUGCCAUCUUCUCCUCGUCGACGUAAGUUGACUUCGCGACGACGCGCGGCACGACGGAGGUGAAACCGGAAGUGGCAACCACAGGAAUCGUCGUCCUCUUUCUUUUUUUUCUUUUCUCGUGUGUUUGCAUAGCUUCCAUUCCUCCUGUCAGCCAUGCACAGCUUCGUCAGAAAAGUCUUCUUGACGCACUGCCAAUGCGCGGAGAGCGAGUCCAAAAUGUACGAGGAGUUGUUCGCCAAACUGGACACGAACAAGGAUGGGAAAGUGGAUGUUUCCGAGCUGAAGGCGGGCAUCGCUGCUAUGGGCAUCCGGUCUGGGAGAGGAGCAGCCCAGAAAAUUGUUUCCUCUGGAGACCAGGACCAAGACGACGGGCUUGACUUCAACGAGUUCUCCAAGUACCUGAUGGAACAUGAGAAAAAGUUACAAUUAACAUUCAAGAGCUUAGACAAAAACAAAGACGGCCAAAUAGACUUUAUGGAAAUCAAGCAGUCGCUUGCAGAUCUUGGGAUGGACAUCAGCAAGGAAGAGGCUGAGAAGAUACUUCAAAGUAUCGAUAAAGAUGGCACCAUGACCGUGGACUGGAAUGAAUGGAGGAAACAUUUCCUGUUGAAUACCGCCACCAACCUGCAGGAGAUUGUCCGCUAUUGGAAACACACCACGGUGCUGGACAUCGGCGACAGCCUCACCAUCCCAGAUGAGUUUACAGAAGAGGAGAAGACCACAGGUGUGUGGUGGAAGCAGCUGUCCGCGGGGGCCAUGGCAGGUGCGGUGUCUCGCACGGGGACCGCCCCCCUGGACAGAAUGAAGGUCUUUAUGCAGGUCCACGCCUCCAAGAGCAACAAAAUCAGCCUGGUCAGCGGUUUCAAGCAGAUGGUGAAAGAAGGAGGCGUGGCUUCUUUAUGGCGAGGAAAUGGUACUAAUGUCCUCAAGAUUGCCCCAGAGACUGCCAUUAAAUUCAUGGCUUAUGAGAAGUACAAGACGUUGUUGGCCAGUGAACCAGGGAAGGUCAAGACCCACGAAAGGUUCAUUGCAGGAUCACUGGCUGGAGCAACAGCACAAACAGCCAUCUACCCCAUGGAGGUGAUGAAGACCAGGUUAACCCUGAGGAAGACGGGACAAUACUCAGGAAUGUUUGACUGUGCCAAGAAAAUCCUGAAAAAGGAAGGAGUGAAGGCGUUCUACAAGGGCUACGUUCCUAAUAUCCUGGGCAUCAUUCCGUAUGCUGGCAUAGAUCUGGCUGUGUAUGAGAGCUUGAAGAACCUCUGGUUGUCCCGCUAUGCCAAAGACACAGCCAACCCCGGUCUGCUGGUUCUGCUGGCCUGUGGCACCAUCUCUAGUACUUGUGGCCAGCUAUCCAGUUAUCCCCUGGCCCUGAUCCGCACCAGGAUGCAGGCACAAGCUUCUCUGGAAGGUGCGGAGCAGCUGCAUAUGAAGCAGAUGGUGAAGAGGAUUCUAGAGAAGGAAGGAUUCUUUGGACUUUACCGUGGCAUCUUGCCCAAUUUCAUGAAGGUGCUGCCAGCGGUCAGCAUCAGCUACGUGGUGUAUGAAUACAUGCGGUCCGGCCUGGGCAUACAGAAGUAGGUACGUUGUUGUUCUCACACUAAAGCAUGCACACACGGACUAUCUACAGUCAAAUGAGUAGAAGUAGUCUACAUACAGUAAUGUCACCUGUAUUUGGCUUUUACUGCCAAUGUUGGAGGUAUUAAAAUGAGACAAAAGUUUA